AUGGAAAUUAAACAAGAAGGGUCACAAGCCUGCAGAACUGAGCAAGGAAACGUGACGAGUUCUGAACAACAUUUUUUACAAGACUCUACUUCGAAAAUCUCUAGAAUCGAUAAAUCGUCCCAAUUGAUUACUAAUAAUCAAAAAUCUUCUCAAAAUACUAGGAAAACGGGAUCCAACUCAAAGAAAUGCCGACUAAACGGUGGUUCGUUAACCUUUUCAAAAUCCUAUGACGUAAAAGUUCCAAGAACACCAAACGUAUUCAUUAUAUAUCAUCGAACUAAAUCCAAAGAACUCGCAAAAAUCAAGACUAAGGCACAAACUGCAUCCGAUGAACGUCAUCCGUGGCAGAGAUAUUCAGCAAAAGCAUCCGACUUUGAUUCAAAGGAUGCCUCUCAAGUUCCUCUAGAACAUAGAAAACAGGCUUCAAUGGAAUCAGCAUUCUCUGUAUAA